UUUACUCCUUCGACAUUGUUUUGAUUCAGAUUAAAUUUACACUACAGCCUUGUCUCCUUUCAAUUGUUGAGAUCGUUUCUACGUUCUGAUUCCGAAUUCUCCAAUUCCUCUUUUUCGAGGGUUUCUUCUCAGGUUAGUAACUGAGGUAUCAGCUUUGCUAAAGUAGCAACUGCAAAUGGAUGUUGGAGCGCGUCAAGUUUUGCAUGAUGAGCAGACGAGUGAUUGUAGGAGUUUUGGCAGCAAUAUCCGUUCGUCCAGCCAGACACGGAAAAUUUCUAUAGGAGUAAUGGCAGAUUCAAAAACUAGCACAAGAAAUGGACUCACGAUCGGGGACGGGAUUGUCGUGCCAAAUACAGAAAGGGAAAUCUCUAUUGUGGGAAAUUUCCCUGGAGAAAAAAAUGAAGUUAAAGGAGUAACACCUUCCUUUAAUAUAAAGCAUUCUGGAGGUCCACCGGAGCUGAAGUGUUCUUGGAUCUCCAAAUCCUUUUACCAAAGAACACCGAUUUCUGAGUCCAUUCUUCAAGCCAACCAAGCCUCUAGUUUACUAGUCUCUCCAGGUGGCGGGGACGAUCCAAAUGGAAUAGAGCGUGCAGCUGGGAAACAUUCAGUUCAGCUUUUCUCAUAUCAGACAUCAACUUUAACUUCUAAUAAUUUCAAAAAGUUCGAUGCGGACGCUGCCAGAAUAAAGGGAAGGAAGGACGAGCCCACUGACAAGGUAAAGGAAUUUACAUUUGCCACUGUACAACAAGUCUUCGAGUCCGAGAAAACCGACCCAGAGGACAAAGUAAAUAGAACAGAAAACAGAACCGAGAAUUUGAGGAUGAAGCUCUGCCAAAUAUUGGGGACCACUUCUUCUCACAAGAGUCGGCAUUCAGGUUCUCCCGCACGUAACAAGGACGAUGAAAGUUUGCCGCCUGAGCAGCGUUCGGACCAGAAGCAAAACAUAUGUGCUAAGACCAUACAAAAUUCGGAUACUAUAGAAACUGAUUCUGAAAAUCCUGAUCAGGCUCUUAAGAGGCCAGUAACUCGUUCUUGGAGCAGAAAGAAAACGUCUUCCAAAAAGCAACCGGGGAAAGGUAAAAGUGGCCCAUCUUCAAAAAAGACUGAGAAGCAAGGAGAAAAAAAUAUAUUCUCUUUUAAAGAAAAACGAAUUGGGAGACGAGAUGAUUUUCCUGAUGACAGUUCCUUGAGGAAAAAGAAUCAAAAAAAGAAUUCCAUAAUUGGGAAAAAUAAGAUCAGCGUCAUUGAAUGUGACACCGCAGAUAAACUUCAUCAACACACUUCGAAGACUGAUCUACCGCUGAAUGACCAGACAACAUUUUCAUUUGGGAAGAUAGCAGGCGGGUUCAUUGGUUGCUUACCUGAAUAUCAGUCAAAAUGCCCUCAUACAGAGAAAAUAAACCAAGAAAAAGAAUUUGACGAGCCAACAAUUGUAAAUACAGAUCAGCAUGGAGAACUUGAGGUCUCAGAAAAUGAAAACCAGCAAGAAGAUAAAAGUAACCCAGUAAAUCAAAAUGUUGCUUCUAAGAUACAAGAUGAUUUUCCAAGUCCUACAUUUCAACUUAAGACACCGAUUUUAAGUUUUUCUCCUGACUCAACACAAAAUACAGGCCGAAAGGAAAAUGAUGUAAGUAGUCCAGCCUCAACUGAAAGAACAUUUUCUCUGGGAAGCAUUCAUAGUUUAAGAAAUCUUCAGGCUUCGGAGCCAGACUUCAACAUCAACGGGCUAGGAGAGCAAAUGCAACCUUCUGAUAUAGAAGAGAUCAAUUCUUUUAUUCCCAGAAAAGACAAAUCUUCUGAGACAGAGAAAAAAGAGCAGGGUGGUUUAUCUGAUUCAUCAUCUGAAGAGUUAAACUUUCAAGGAUAUCUUGAAGGUUCAAGAGUAAGACAUGCUUCAGAGAGGAAAAGUUUUGUUCUUCAUCCAAUGAAGAGGCUGUGCAAGCAUGAAAACAGUGAAUUUAACAAUAGAAGCCCAGCUUCAGCGUCUUCGAAAGGUACAGGAGACAGUGAUUGGAUUGGUGAAGCUUCUGAGCAGAAUCAAAAUGGUUUUGCAAGAGCUGUUGAACUGUUAGCCUUGGAAUUGGGCAAGCUUCAGAGCAAACUUAAGUCGAUGACAAGUCAGAAAUCCUCAGAAAUUUUGAAGUCUGUUGCUGACGAAAUACAUCUUCAGCUGCAGAAUGUUCAUUCCCAAAUCCAGACGGACAUGGGAAAGCUUACAAAUCUCAGUAAAUCAAAGAGAAAACGGCUGGAAACUAGAUUUGAAGACCAACAACAACAGUUGAGGUUAAUAUACGAUAGAUUCAAGGAAGAGGUAAAUCAGCAUCUACAGGAUUGCAGAAGCACUGUUGAAGAUCUUGAAGCAGAUCAGAUAGAGAUCAAGAGAGCCAUGGAAAAACAAAGAGUAGCGCAUAAGAAGCUUCUGUCGCAAGUUGAAGAAGCAAUGGAGAUCCAACUUGAUGACGCUCAAAGGAAAAUCAGAGUCACCCAGGAGAAGGCGAGAGGGAAACUUCUACAAUUGAAGCAAGUUGUAGCUAUGUGCUUAAAAGAAGAAAUACCAAAUUGAUAUGAUUUCUGCUGAUUCCCUGCAAUUGCUUUGAAGGAAGCGCGCCUUUUGAUUUCGCUAGAUCCUUUAUACUGGAAUCUUGAAAGAUUUCUAUGUACGUAACAUUAUGACCCCUCCCUCUUCUUUUAACUGCAUAGAAUAGAUAAUUUGGCCCAGUUAAAGUAAUAUCACUUAAAAUUUCUUUUAUCAAACUUGAAUACUGGGUCUAUUGUGCAUGAUUUGCGGGAUAAAAAAACAUCCACAUGUGUCAUUCAUUGAGAUUGUUAUUGCUUUCUCUUGAUAUUUUCUGAUUUUCCAGUCGCAAU